AUGCAGCGACAACCACGGUCACAUGCAUCAGCGCUCUUGCUGCUGGUCGUCAGCGUGCAGAUUAACUGCUUGUGGGCGACUGGCACUGAGCCGGCGCUGCAGCGCGCCCGACACCGCUUGACAGCUUGGCAGGAGUGCCUCCAUCAGCAGUACACCUCAGGCAAACUUUACCCUCCGGACAGCCUACCUCAGCUUCCGGCCAACAACCAUGAGAUUGUUGCUUGUAUUUUCCCCCACGCAGCUGAGCGGAACUUUGGUCAUGUUCACGUCUUCAAGGCCGGCGGGACCUCCGUCAACCAGCUUGUCAGGACAGCCUGUGCCUGCCAACCCGGGGGUGAAUACCGAAUCUUCCGCCGCCUGCGCGCCCUGAACGGCCUCCCCACAAGUGAGCUCGUGGCUCUUGAGCGCCCCAGUGCUGUGGGCCGCUUUCUUUCCGGACUGGCCGAGGUGUUGCGUCGCGGGCACAUGCCGGCCUCGAUGAUAGCGUUUGCGGCCAAUCACACCAAAGACGAGACGGUGCAGCACAUUCUACAAUCUCGACCGACGGCGCGGCUGCUGACGCGCUGGAACUCGCAUCUGGCUCCCAUGAAUGCCUUCAUGUUCCCCACACGCUCUCCUAACAUUGCGCCUGCCCCGGUGCCAUUCUUGACCUACAUCACUGACAUUCAGGAUGAGGCCGUACUCCAAGCGCUUUGGCAUCAAUGGACUCGCUUUGCCCAGGCGUCCAACACCACUUGCCCGUGGCCUGGUCUGACGCACUCUCGCGAUCGCGCCAACUCAACAUACCUGCAACAAAAUCAGGAUUCGACCCGCUCACGGCACAAUGGAGGCACGGUCGAUACCAAUACCGUAGCCCACUUUACGAUCCGACCGAGCGAUCUCACCAAUGCCACUAUUCAACGUAUCCAGCAUGUCUAUCGCGUCGACUACGCUUGUCGCAAGACAUAA